AUGCGAUGUCCAAAAACACAUAUUAUCAAUGAUAUCAAUAUUUUUAAUCACAAUUUGGGUGAUCGAAAUAAUUAA